AUGGAGACGAAUACAAACUUACCGCCAAGGCCCGGUCCUUUUGGCUGGAAGAGAUAUGCAGAUAAGGUCUGCAAUGCUCUCACCGACAGAACGGCCAAGUUUCUUGAAAAAUACCUCGGGGUUGACCUGAUCAUUGUGACCGGCCCUGCUGGGACUGGCAAAUCCUCUUUCAUAAAAUCUGUUACCGGGAAUGAAAUAUAUACCGCUUCAACCCUUGAGUCAGGUGGGGCUCCUUAUGCAUCCCAUGGUACUCGACAAACCGCCCUUGUUCCAACACUGAUCGGAGGGAAAAAAUACCUUUUUCUUGAUAUGCCUGGAUUUGAUGCUAUUGAUCUCGACGACUGGCAGAUAUUCAUCAUGCUGACAACGUCCAUGGCCACGAUUGAGCGAUAUGUCAACUUUCGAGGACUUAUCUAUGUUGACUCAUUUGACAAUGUUCGUGCCACCAAAUCGGCGGAAAAGAUAUUGAAAUGGGUUCACCAGUUUUGUGGCUCCAGCUACAUGGCUAACGUGACCAUUGUGACUACGAAAUGGGAUGUGCAGGCAGAUGAUGCAGUGAGUGAAAAAUUGGAGCGCUAUGCGACAUGGAGACAGAGUGCUUUACUUCAACCGCUGGUAUCGAACGGGGCUACAACUUUCCACCAUGGUCUUGUUUGGAAUGCCGAUGAUUGGAGAAAACUUUCACUUCGAAAUCAGCAGGAAGAAAGAAACAUGUACGCCAGAGCUAUGAUUCGGGAUCGGUAUGGGACAUUCUCCAAUUUUACACUAAAAUUCUACCGUGAGAUCGCUCAGGGAUCUACGGUCGAAGGUACAUCAGCUGGAAAAUGUCUUCGACCAGGGCCCUCAAGCCAACCUCGACAAGCCCAUCAGCCAAACUCCUCAACUGAAAAUAGUACACGGUUUGACUGGGCGAAAGAGACAAAAUCGUGGAUUUCGCUUCUUCUUAAGGCAGCUAGAGUAUAUCGAGAAAUUUCUGGAACCAACAAUACCGGCAUGUGGGAUUUUGAAUCAGAACCUGAUAUUAACUGGGAAGAUGGUUUUUUGUUCGAGGAAGAUGAAGUCCACGACAUCAACCUAGGUGACGAACACGAAGAGUUAGAUACUAGCUCUCGUUGUACAAUUUUGUAG